GGCUCUGACCCUCUCCCGCCCUCAGGUCUCCGCGCUGCUGAGCCGCUUCGCCCUGCCGCCAUGUUCCGGCGCCUCGCCAGCCUCCUCUUCAGCGCGCCCCCGCCCCCGCCGCCCGGGGGCCCCGACUGCGCCCGCGCGUUCGUGGCCGCGGAGGAAGAAGUGGACGGCUGGCUCUUCAUCGACCUGCCGGCACAAUCACUCUGUUUUGANACUGCAGACGGGCCCGGCCUCGGGCCCGCGCGCCUGCAGAGCAGCCCGCUGGAGGACCUCCUCAUCGAGCACCCCAGCAUGUCCGUGUACGUCACCGGCAGCACCAUAGUGCUGGAGCCUGGACCCCCUUCCCCGCACCCCGACGCGGAUCCGCCAGGCGGCGACCUGAGCGAAGGGGCGGGCCAGGCGCGGCGGCUGCAGAGGGCCCGGCCGCGGGCGGAGCGCCAGGCGCUGAGCGCCAAGGUGAUUCAACGGCAGAACCGCGCCCGCGAGAGCCGUCCGCGCCGGUCUCGGCACCAGGGCAGCUUCAUCUACCAGCCGUGCCAGCGCCAGUUCAACUACUGAGCGUCCGCCCGCCCAACCGCUUGCAAACCCCUUGCCGACCCCGACCCCUGUCGGGCCCCUCCGCCGCAGCCAGCGCGUUGCUCCAGGGGCGUCCGCAGCCCGCCUCGGGCUGUAUACCACAGCCUCCCUCCUUAAGUGUGUGAGGUGGGGUGAUAGCCCCCUUCUCAAUCCCCUCGACUUUCCCAUUUCUGAUCCUCUAAUCCGCCUCUGGCCCUCCUCUCGCCCUUUACCCUCUGUCUUCUGGCCCCCAAGCCCAACAUCUUUCCAGCCCUUCAUCUCCCAUGCCGACACUCCGCGCCUCCUUUGCUGGUCUCCGUCCCCAUCUCUGCCCUGACAUCAUCCUUGCCCCCCCUUCCUCUACCCCUGGCCUACCGCUAUUUCUCAGUCUCCUCUUCCAGUCCCAGAUCUAGCUCUUUCCUCGCCUUCAAUCCCCACUUUACAGCCUCACCCUAUCUCAUGUUUGGCACUACACUCACUCGUGCUCCCUUAUUAUUCAUUCCCAGUAGUUCCCCCCAAAUGGAUGGGGUGGGGAGGGGUUGAGACGACAGGUUUCUGCGUUUAGUCUCACCCCUCCCUCUUCCCUGGGGGCUGAGCUCCUUGUAGUUGCUUAGGCCUGGAAAGGUAAAGUAAGUGGAAGAGGACUGUGAGAUGUGAAUUCGAAGGAGAAAGGUGGAGGGAACUGAGGGAGAGAGGCAGCCUUCUGGAAGUGCAGACAGGAGGAGGGGGUGAGCAGCUGUAGGAAGCAGGGCUGUAUGGGAGCUAGUACUGUGUGCUUGCUCAGAGAUCCGCCAAACCCUGCCCUCAGGCUGGAGCCUGGAGUCUGCCCCCAUUUCCCUUUCCUAUAAUCCCACCUCCCAAAUCUCUUCCUGAAGUCUACCCCUCUGCAGGCCCCUGAGUCUGAAAGGCUUAGUUAAUACCUUGCCACCCUACCCCCAACAUGUCACCCCAGGAGUAGAGGCUGGGCAAGGCCCUGCCAUCCUGGCCAUCUGUUCACAUGUCCAAGGUGCUAAGAACUAGCUUAGGAGAGAUGCAGGCCAGAGGGCUUCUAGGCAGGGAAACUGCACACCGCAGUGUAAGAAUGAAGAGUGAUGCUGAGGAGGACAAGCUGUGGGGUGAAGCCAUCCCAACACUGACAGCUCAGCUUUCAUUUGCCUCUGGCUUUGUAUUUCACACUCUGCCCAGGAUGGCUAAUAAACACUCCUGGGUAGGAGGCCAGGAGUUUCACUGUCCCAAUCCUCAAAUAGUCCCUCUCCAGGUUCAGGGCCAUAAGGACCACUCUCCAUUUUCUCCCUGAGUGCUCUCUCUUUCUAGGCUGCUGGGGAGAAAUGGGUGCCCUAUGGUUCCCCUCCCCUUCUCUUCCAGUAAGUACCUGGAGGAGGGAACCUGAAUCCCUGGGUGAAAGAGGGAACAGGGGCAGCCAGCUUUCCUCUUCUCAUGGUGGGACUGAAUUUUGGGCUCAGACACCAGCAACAGCCUCUUGGGAUGCCCCGAGUUGCUUCCCUUUUUCUCUAACUAUCAUUUACUAGUGCGUGCUCUUUCUUCCUUGAAACUUUUAAGAUUUCCUGUUACAAACUAACAUAGGUCUUCCCCCUCGCCCCAAUUCCAGGUUUCCAGGCCUCACAGUCAAGUGGAGACUUGGAGAUAACUGCAUUCCCAUGAGGGCAAAGGCAGCUGCCCUUCCUGACCCUGUAGCCCCAAGCCUCAUAUGAGAUAUGUGGGUAAGGGAGGGGGUAUCCCCAUGGAUGCUGGGAUGGGGACAGAGGAAGCCCUGUUGGGGUCUCCUAUCCAAGGGAGUAAGCCAAAUCUACACUAAAAACGGAUCAAAGUCCCCACGCCAGUCCACUAGGGCCCCAGUAGCAACCUUGCUCCUGUCCCCAAGGCUCUCCUUCAGUUACGACCUAUCACUUUUUUCUUCCAGCUACCCUUUGGUCACUUCACAGCCAGCUUAGGGUCUUCAGCACUUCCAGAGCUGAAACUCCCUCCAACUCUUCUUGCCUACUCCUUUGCUGCCAGCUGGGGCCUAGGCUCAGUCCUGGGUAGUUCCCAUGAUCCUUCUGGUGGGGGAAGAGUGAGUAAUAGGGCAUUAGGUUCAAAUUUCAAAAGGUCCCUCCCUCACCCACCCAUAUUUCUGGAGCUCCUGUAGUUCUAGAACCUUCCAAUCUCAUCACCUGGCUGAUUGCAAGGCUCAUAGGUUUUUGUACUUUCCUAUAGAUUCUAUAGCAUUUGAGUGUGGCAAUAUUUUAAUUGUGUAUAGAUUUCUAAGAACCAACACUACUCAGUCUCCUGCUAGUCUGACUCCUGAAGCAUCAGACCUCGUCAUACUGUAUUGACUGUGUAUGUGCCUUUCACCUUGAGCAUGCUUCAGGAUUUUUUUUUAAACCACAGAACUUGAAUAUAUGAGGGAACCAGAAUUCACAAAGUCCUAUGCAACCUUAGACAGGUGGGGGGUUAGAGAGUCUGUCUUGACUGAUGUUUUCAGAGACCCUGGAGAAGUUUAUUCCAGUUUGUAUUAAUUAAUGUCAAUACUACCAGCACUUUGCCAAAACUGAGUUUGUCAGAGGGACCUGUUUCUAGAGUGAGUCCCAAUUACAUCAAAGGGCGACUUACAGUAAUUCCCUAAUACGUCUAAGUGCUCUCUUCAAGCUGGGUCUCCAGCCUUUGCCAGUCUGGCCCCAGCAGGGUAUCACGUGCGUAUGAAUGCAGUUUGCUGCUGUUUUGAAGUAUGCCUGCUCCCCAGCUCCUGCCUGUACCCUGAUCAAUUUGCUCUGAUCCCUAAUAUCUUAGGUGCAAUAAGGACCCCACUAGAGCUCUUGGAUGCCUCCUCAUAUCCAUGUGGCUUUAUGUGGGGGAACCGAAUGCAGACACACUAUACCCCCUUAUAUCUUUCCACUUAUCCUGCCACCUAGUUCCAAAUGGAACCAAGUUGAGUGCAUCUGUCUUGGGUGUUUAGUGUUGAGACUGGCUGAAAUGAGGAGACUCUGGUUGACCAUGUUGUGACGUCAACAGACUCAAGGACACAACCACCGCAACACGGUCAUGUGGCAUGCCUGUGUACGUGUGUAACAGGAUUGUUAGAUUGUAAUGUUACUCCUCUAUGGAAGAGAAAAAUAUAAAGAAAAACAAAUAAAAAUCUAUUUAAAGCACA